UAAAAACAGUUGUGAAAUUGAAUGUGAGUGUCAUUUGCUAAAGUGUUGUGAAUUCGGGUGCUUAUUGUAAAAAAUAUAUUUUUAUAUUACACAUGAUCAGCGGAAAAAGUGUGUUAUUUUGUGUAGCAGUAGCAUUUUUAUCUUACGGCGCAUAUCGGUACAGGUACGCGAACAUGGCUACAGAAUCCACCUCAGAUUACAAGAACGCUAAAUCGGUAUACGAUUUCAAUGCGAAGGACGGGCAGGGAAACGAUAUCAGUCUGGAGAAAUACCGCGGGAAGGUUCUAUUGAUUGUCAACAUUGCGUCCAAGUGUGGUCUCACUAAGGGGAACUAUGAAGAGCUCACGGAGCUGUCGAAGAAAUAUGCCGAUAAGGAUUUCAAAAUACUAUCUUUCCCCUGUAAUCAAUUCGGUUCCCAGAUGCCAGAAAAAGACGGUGAGGAAAUGGUUUGUCACCUACGAAGCGCGAACGCUGAUGUGGGAGAUGUUUUUGCGACAAUCAAUGUAAAUGGAGACGACUCUCACCCGUUGUAUAAAUACCUGAAGCAUAAGCAAGGUGGAAGUCUGGGUAGUUUCAUUAAAUGGAACUUCACCAAAUUUCUAGUCGACAAAGAUGGACAACCGGUGGCUCGCUUCGCUCCAACUACCAACCCGUUGGAUAUCGUCAAGGAUAUCGAUAAGUUGCUGUAAAUUUCAUUCUCGUGACUAUGGGAAAUGGGGGGAAUUUGGACCCCCUAAGCAAACCGCCGGAUAUUUCCAAAUCUAAAUAAAAAAUGUCACAUUGUAUAGUUAGCUGCACUUGUUUUCACUCAAUCAAUGUUUAAUCAUUAUAUCAAGCUUCAAAUUAACAAAUAUAUCAUAAAAUGAAA